GGAACGUCUUAGUGGAUAAAGAUGGGUAAAACUACCCGAUUAGGGUUUCUGUUUUGUGCGUUUGUGAUUCUUUAUGCUCAAAGAGGAGACAGUAAUGAAAUAUACCAUGUGAGUUUAAAAGUAGACAACUCCGUAAAAUUAUACUGGACUCUAGACUACAGUUCUGAGACAAUUUCCUUUGAAAUUCACAUUCCUCAAGAUUACGGUUGGUUCGCCAUUGGAUUUUCAGACAGAGGACAACUGUUUCCUGCCGAUUACUGCUUACUAUGGAAGAAUUUGAAGAAGAAAGUGUCUCUAGACGAUAUUUACACAGAAGAAGACGGUGUUGUACAUCUCGAUCAACAACAAGACUGUAGCAAGUUUAAAAUUAGGAGAAAAGAGGAUGUGGUUAAGUUUACAUUUCAAAGGCAAUUCGACACUUGUGACAGACACGAUUAUAUUAUAGAGGAGGGAACAACUCACGUCGUUUGGUCUAGAGGACAACACACACUCUACAAAGCAAAUGGUGUUAACAUAACAUCGUCUCAUGAAGACUCAGGCAUGGUGAGAGUGAACUUAUUAAAAAAUACUAAAGCAAACUACAAAUUACCAUCACAUGUAAACAUUUUUGAUUUGUUAAAUGACAAUGUUAAAGUACCUGCUGAAGAAACAACCUACUGGUGUCGUGUUGUUAAAAUACCAGAAGAAUAUAGGAAAAAGCAUCAUAUUUAUCAGUAUGGAGCUCAUAUUCAAGAAAGUAGUGAAGGCGUGGUCCAUCAUAUGGAAGUGUUCCAUUGUCAAGCUGAUGCAAAUGAAGAAAUUCCUUUAUAUAACGGAAAUUGCUUUGCGGAAGAUAGACCUCCUAAAACACAAGUGUGCAAGAAAGUGCUUGCUGCAUGGGCUAUGGGGGCAACCCCGUUCACGUAUCCAAAAGAAGCGAGUCUGGCCUUGGGUGGAGAAAAUUUUAAUCCUUACAUCAUGCUAGAGGUACACUAUAACAACCCAGACCUUAAAGCAGGAUUAAUAGACAGUUCAGGUAUAAGAUUCCACAUUUCUUCGGUCUUGAAAAAGAUGGAUGCUGGUGUAAUAGAACUCGGAUUAGAAUAUACGGACAAAAUGGCCAUCCCACCGGAACAAAGUCGUUUUUCUUUAUCAGGAUACUGUACGAGUGCAUGCACUGCGAUGAGCCUGUCUCCAGAAGGUAUUACCAUAUUUGGCUCCCAAUUACACACUCAUUUAACAGGAGUACGUGUCAUCACCAGACACUUUGAUGAGCAUGGAAGGGAACUACCGGAACUCAACAGAGACAACCAUUUUAGUACCCAUUUCCAAGAAAUACGAAUACUUAAACGACCUGUCAAAGUUCUACCGGGCCAUAGUUUAAUCACCAAAUGCGACUACAACACAGAAGAUAGAGAAAAUAUAACUCUUGGGGGGUUCAGCAUAAGCGACGAGAUGUGUGUUAACUACAUCCACUAUUUUCCUAGCAGCGAACUGGAAGUCUGUAAGAGCUCAAUAAGUGAUCAAGCGUUGAAAACAUUUUUUAAAUAUAUGAACGAAUGGGAAGACCAAGACACGUCACCUCUCAAAGGCAUAUCAGAUAACUAUAAAUCAAUAAAAUGGAACCGAAUGAGAAUCCAGUUAUUGGACGAAGUGUACAAUGAAUCUCCAUUGAGCAUACAAUGUAAUAUGUCAAGUGGUGACAGAUUUCCCGGAUAUUGGGAAAAUGCUCCAGUUCCUCAAGUGUCCAUUCCACUAGGUCCACCUGCGCGAAGAUGCGACAAUAUUAUAAAAUAAGUAAUAUAAACAAUAAAGAGUAGGUAUAUAAAGUAAUAUAUAAAGUUAAAAUGACUGUUUA